UCUCUCUCGUAUGAACAUUCGUCCUUAAUUACUCUACAACAAAAAUUUAAUCAAAUCCGAAUAAAGUUUUCAUUUUUAUAAAAGUUAUUUAAAAAGUUCCCCUCGAAUUGCUCGACAACAUUUUUAUUCUUGUACCAAUCACAAUUUGUAUCUUCCCCAGAUCCUCUUCUCCUCUGUUCUUUCCUUCCACAUUGUUAUCUUCACUGUUUGUCUCAUUGUUCCCUAUUCCCAAAAGCUGAGACCUAAACAAAUCUGGGUUCUUUUUUUUUGCGUAAACGCGUCAGAUCUUGAUCUAAGAGACCUUACAGGUGUUUGUUAAGUGUUAUGGUUCACCUAUACUGGAAGGGUUAAAGGAUCUUAUCAUGCAGAGAGGGAUAUGAGAUUGAUUGCUAAGAGUUGAUUAGUACUUUAGUUCAGGAUUAGUAUUUAUUGUCCUGAAGAGAAACAAAGUCAAAAGAUUUUACAAAGUGAUGUGAUUUUAUUUGGUUUUACAUAUGUUACGCCGUCUUAGAUGGUUAAUUGGAUUGAGUAAAAGAAGUAGGCAAGCAAAGACUCUUGAUGCUAAACCUUACAUAGCAAAGGUUAAGCCAGUACUGAUGGUUGACACGGUUCAAGAGAUUGCGAUUUAUAUCCAUAGGUUUCAUAACCUUGAUCUUUUCCAGCAAGGAUGGUAUCAAGUAAAAAUCACCAUGAGAUGGGAGGAUGGUGAUAACGUAACUCGUGGUAUUCCUUCACGAGUCGUUCAGUAUGAAGCUCCUGAUUCUGGUUCUAAUGACUCAUAUGGAGUGUGGAGGAUAGUUGAUAAUGAUAAUAGUUUCUUAACACAGCCCUUUCGUAUCAAAUACGCAAGGCAGGAUAUUCGUCUGUGUAUGAUGAUUUCAUUUACUCUGCCACUGGAAAGAUAUGAGGGGUCAGCUACAUCUGCUGCUAUAUUGAAGUUUGAGCUUAUGUAUGCUCCGUGUAUGGAUAAUACACCAGGGAAGCAUUUAGAUGCGUCUCCUGUUGCAGUUCAUGAGUUCCGUAUUCCUCCAAAAGCUCUUACAGGCUUGCAUUCAUACUGUCCAGUGCAUUUUGAUACACUUCAUGCGGUUCUUGUUGAUGUUAGUGUCCACAUUAGUGUAUUGAAAUCUGCUGCUUAUAAAAGACCUGCAAAUCUAUCAAGUGGCGUAAGUACCAGUAAAAAUGUCGGUGGCAGCACUGCUCAAUCUUUCAAGAAAGCACUUGGUCUGCUUGCUUCUGCUGACAAGAAAUUGGUGUCAUUUGUUAAAGCAUUACUUGGAGCUCGUGAAAUUUUACUCGAGGAAAUGCAAAGACUUAGCAAGGCAGUUGGUCAACCAAUAGACUUGUCUGACUUUGUUUCUAAUAUGAACAAUGUUCCGUUAUCUAACUCAACAGUUGAUGGUUCAGGACAAGGCAAGGAACAAAACAGUCUUGAGAAGUUGAAUAUCACAUUUGAUUUAGGCAGUGAUGAGUGGCUUCAUGAAUUACCAAAGGAUCAUCUAUCCCGUCUAUUCCACUUACUAGGCACCCAGCUGCAUUAUCUUUGGACCACGUUUCUAGGAUUUCACCGGGAUAAUCACACAAAAAUACUGGAAUAUCUUCGUGAUAUCUGGACUAAAGAUCGAAGAGCUGAAUGGUCAAUAUGGAUGGUGUAUUCUAAGGUUGAAAUGCCUCAUCAUUUUAUAAAUAGUGGAAUGACUGAUAUCUUAAACCAGAGUGCCCAUAAAAGAGCCUCAACCGUGUUGAAGUUGAAUGAACCUGCACAAGUUGCAGCUACCCGCGCUGAACUUCACCGUCGAAGUAUUGCACAGAUGCGGAUUAACAACCGUUCAAUACAAGACAUGCAUAUACUUGGAGAUCCUAUGCGGGUUCCAAUUGUUAUAAUUGAACGUGUAUUGAAUGCACCAAGGCGCACUUUAAGUGAUAAUUCGUAUUUGAGACAUGUGGAUCUGCUGGAUUCUAACUUACUUAACGGGCACAAUGACGAAGCGGAUAAAACAAAAGCUACUAACUCCCAGCAAAAUGCCCGUGAACUAAAAAUUGUUGUCUUUGUUCAUGGUUUUCAGGGGCAUCACUUGGACUUAAGGCUUGUUCGGAAUCAGUGGCUUCUGAUAGAUCCGAAGAUAGAGUUUCUUAUGUCCGAGGCAAAUGAGGAUAAAACACAUGGUGAUUUCAGGGAAAUGGGACAGAGGCUCGCGCAAGAAGUUGUUUCUUUCCUUAAGAGGAAAAAAGAUAGAUAUUCAAGACAGGGGCAUUUGAAAGGAAUCAAAUUGAGUUUUGUUGGUCAUUCCAUUGGUAAUGUCAUCAUUAGAACAGCAAUUGCCGAUAGUUUAAUGGAACCAUACAGGAAGUUUCUACACACGUACCUAUCACUUUCGGGACCGCACUUGGGUUAUCUGUACAGUACAAACUCCUUGUUUAAUUCCGGGCUUUGGCUCCUGAAAAAGUUAAAGAGUACACAAGUUAUUCACCAGCUUACACUCACCGAUGAUCCUGAUAUCCGGCAUACUUUCUUUUACAAACUAUGCAAGCAAAAGACGUUGGAAAACUUCAAAAAUAUAAUUCUCCUCUCGUCGCCUCAGGAUGGUUAUGUUCCAUAUCACUCGGCAAGAAUCGAAUCAUGCCAGCCAGCUUCUUUCGACAGCUCGAAAAGGGGAAUAGCCUUCUUGGAAAUGCUGAACAAUUGUUUGGACCAAAUACGUGGACCGGUCCCUGAGGCACCACAUCUGCAACGGGUGUUCAUGCGCUGCGACGUCAACUUUGAUACAACCGUGUAUGGCCGUAACCUGAACUCAUUCAUUGGACGUGCUGCUCACAUAGAGUUUUUGGAGUCUGAUAUCUUUGCAAGAUUCAUAAUGUGGUCAUUUCAGAAUCUGUUCCACUGAAGAAAUUUUGGGAUUUAAAGGGAGAUAUGAAACUGUUGUAUAUUAGCUAUAUAGAUAGUUUUGUCUAAAAUUGUUUCUGAAAGAAAAGUUAGUUGUUCUUAGAAACGAAGAUAUUAGAGAGUAGUGGCAUAUCUUAUUAAUUCAUUUAUCCAGGAUUAUAGUCACAUUAAAGCAUUUGGUUUCUUGUGUUAUGCAUCCAUUUCAUAGAAAAACACAAUCAUAGCUUUUCAAACUUGA